CGGCAUAUACUUUUCUUUCACUAGCAGAAGUGCUCAAGACAUUAACUGUUCUGAGUUUGCUAUGGUAUAGGUGAGUUUGUGCUUCAUUUUGCAACUCAUAAUAACCAUAAUGUUGUUGUGUUUUUUGAGAAGCUGAUGAGUAUGUAACAGAAAAGCAAUGAACAAGAGAACUGAUCAUGUGAAGUGGGAAAAGGUCAAGGGUAGAGGGUUACUAGAUUUAGUGUUUUCUUGGUCUAUUCAAGAUGUGCUCAAUGAGGAUCUUUACAAAGACCAGGUUUGUGGAGAAGAUCCCAACUCUUUCAAGUCAACAGCUCCUUACAUGAAAGCAUUCAUUCCACCCCUACAUGUGGAAACACAUGCUGAUUUGCUUUCAAGUACAGAAUCACUGGCUGAAGCACCAACUUGUAGAAUACUGUGUGUUAGAAAAUCUAAGGAUUAUAAGCCACCUAAGGACUUGUUUUACGAAAUUUCGGUGGAAGAAACCACAGUUGGAUAUGUACCUUGGGUCGGGGAUCUUAUAGCCCUGACAUAUGUGCAACUGAAGUGCAUUGAUGAUUUAAGGAAGACCCAGCAAUCCUAUCAUGUUGCUUUCGUUCAUGCCGUGGAAGGGGGAAAUCGUUUGACACCCUCGAUUCUGUCUUCGAAGCCCAUAGUGGAUGAAGAAGGCUUGAACAAGGGAACACUCUUUGCUGUUCAUUUGAUAAAUCUGACGACAAAUUUGCGAAUAUGGAGAUCGUUGCACUUGGAACUCGAAGGGAGGAACAUGAACGUUAUUAAGAAAGUGCUGCAAAAAAAUUUCAAUGAUGGUGGAAAUUGUUCUAUUUGCUCUCCUAGUAAAAUUAGUGAUGUUGCCUCUGCCUGCAUAAGGGAUGCAUUACAGACUUUUAAUUUAAACAGCUCACAAGAAGCUGCGGUUUUAAGCUGUAUUCACACAGCCAGAUGCUGUCACCAUUAUUCUGUCAAAUUAUUAAAGGGUCCUCCAGGAACUGGGAAAACAAAGACAGCUAGUUGCUUAUUACACUCACUAUUAAGAAUGAAAUGCAGAACACUUACAUGUGCUCCAACUAACAUUGCAGUGUUAGAAUUUGAUGGUGAUCAGAAUGGCCUUCUUCAUGUAUUUCUUGAUCAUCGUGCUGAUAUACUUGCGAAGAGCUUUGAUACAUCAACUGGCUGGAAACACAGUUUAGCUACAUUGAUAAGUUUACUUGAAGACUCUGAAGCGCAAUACCAUUUGUACUCGCAGGAUAACAUGGGAAAGGAAGGACUUUUGACUUGUGAUCGAUUCGUAUGGGAAAGAUUUAAUUUCUCCGGAAAGCAAUUAAAGUUCUGUAUUGUGAAUUUGUAUACACACUUACCGACUUCUUUGAUUUCAUUAGAAGUGAUGAGGAUCAUGACCAGGGCUCUUGAUUUGAUGACAUCACUUGAAACCUUGUUGCUUAGUCUCAGUGCUGCCAAUGAAGGUUUAAAGCAGAUUCCAGGGGAAAAUGAAGAUGAAGAAAGAAGACUUCAUGAUCGUAUAAAGUUGAGAAAUGAAAAAAGGGAAUGCCUCAAUACUCUACGCUUACUUUCUCUAAAAUUUCAGGUUCCAGAAUUCGCUGAUAAAAAUUCUAUUGAGAAAUUCUGCUUAUCAAAUGCAUGCCUGCUUUUCUGUACCGUGUCAGGCUCUGCCAGGCUGCAUAGUAUAAGAAUGGCACCUCUGCACUGCUUGGUGAUUGACGAAGCUGCUCAGCUCAAAGAAUGUGAAUCAACAAUCCCCUUACAACUCUCCGGCCUUCACCAUGCUAUUCUCAUAGGAGAUGAACGGCAAUUGCCUGCCAUCGUUAAUAGCAAGAUUUCAGAGAAGGCUGGUUUUGGUAGAAGUUUGUUUGAGAGGCUCGUAAAGCUGGGAUGCAAGAGCCAUCUUCUAAACAUUCAAUAUCGAAUGCAUCCAUCAAUAAGCUUAUUUCCGAAUACGGAGUUCUAUGGAAGGCAGGUUUUGGAUGCGCCGAACGUCAAAGAAACUGGCUACAGGAGACGGUUCCUCCAAGGAAACAUGUUCGAAUCCUACUCUUUCAUAAAUAUAGCCCAUGGAAAAGAGGAAGUUGUUGAGAAACAGAGUUUCAAAAAUACAGUCGAGGCUGCUGCUGCUGCUGAUAUAGUUGGGAGACUUUUCAAAGAUAUUAAUGGCACUGGGAAGAAGGUUAGCAUAGGUAUCAUAUCACCAUACCAGGCUCAAGUUCAUGCAAUUCAAGAGAAGAUUGGGAAAUUCAUUUCAGAUUCUGACAGUGCCUUUUCUGUAAGUGUUGGCACGGUUGAUGGUUUUCAGGGUGGAGAGGAGGAUCUGAUAAUUAUCUCUACUGUUCGAAGCAAUGAGAACGGAUCGGUGGGUUUUGUUUCGAAUCCUCAACGAACAAAUGUGGCGCUGACUCGUGCAAGGUUUUGCCUCUGGAUUUUAGGAAAUGAAGCAACUUUAGUUAAGAGCGGCUCUAUUUGGAAGAAGAUAGUCAACGAUGCGAAGCAUCGGCAAUGCUUCUAUAACGCUGAAGAGGAUGAGAGUUUGGCUCAGGCUAUUACAGAAAGCUUGAUCGAGCAUGGCCGACUUGAUGUUCUACUACAAACUCACUCCCCAUUGUUCCGGAAUGCAAGAUGGAUGAUUUUUUUCAGUGAUGAUUUCCGGAGAUCCAUGGCGAGAGUUAGGAAUGUCAGAAUCUGUAAGGAAGUGCUUUCCCUAUUAGCCAAGCUUUCAAAUGGUUGGCGUCAGCAUCAGUCUCGCAAGAAGAGAAGCCUAAUGGUUCACAAUGGCAUUUCUUUUCCACUGAUAGAGCAGUAUAAUGUCAGUGCACAGCUAAAUAUGAUCUGGACUGUGGACAUUCUGCAGGAAAACUCAUUCUGCAUUCAAGUUUUGAAGGUUUGGGAUAUUUUACCAUCACCUAAUAUACCAAAACUAGCAACGAGUCUCGACACCUUAUUUCGGAAUUACACGAAGGAGCAGAUGAAUCGCUGCUUAUACAAAUGCAUGGAGGGGAAUUUGAUUGUUCCAAUGAGAUGGACAGUGAACACGUGUAGUGACUGUCAGGGCAGCUGCGGUGGAGCCGAUGCUGUGCAGCUGCGGAAAUCACUUGCAUCACUCUGUCUAGAGGAUGAACCAAGCACAACGGGUAAAGCUGCCAGAAAACAACGAAGCCUCAAAAGGGAUUAGCCAAGAACCAGC